AUGGCUAUAUUCACUGUACUAGAUGCCACACUUAAAAUGGGAAAAUCAAUGGCACUAGCCAUAUUGGCAAUGUUGGAUUCCACACUCAAAAGCCAAGAUGGCUUUUUGGUGGUGAUGUUUUGUGCUUCCUUCUUCAUCUUUAUAGUUCACUUGCUGGUGAUUUUCAAUGUAAAUGAGGACCUUGAUCUUGCUGCUUGA